AUGCCUCGUCCCACCACUCGACAGGAAGUCCUGGAUCGCCUCCGCAAGACCAUCGCGGACGGUUCCAUCGUCGUGGGUGCCGGUGCCGGCAUCGGUCUCUCAGCCAAAUUCAUUGAAAAAGGCGGCGCCGAUCUCAUCCUCGUCUAUAACUCCGGUCGCUUCCGUAUGGCCGGCCGCGGGUCGUUGGCUGGCAUGUUGCCCUAUUCCGAUGCCAACCAGGUGGUGGUAGACAUGGCCAACGAAGUCCUCCCCAUCGUCGAAAACACCCCCGUCCUAGCCGGCGUCUGCGGCACCGAUCCCUUCCGCAGCAUGCCCGAGUUCCUGCGCGAGCUGCGACGCAUCGGGUUCAUUGGCGUACAGAACUUCCCGACAGUGGGACUCAUCGACGGCAAGUUCCGCCAGAACCUCGAGGAGACAGGCAUGGGGUUCGACCGGGAGGUCGAGAUGAUCCGCCACGCGCACGAGAUGGAUCUCGUCACGACGCCGUACGUAUUCACCGUCGACGAGGGCGAGCGGAUGGCGCGCGCCGGCGCAGACGUCAUCGUCGUGCAUGUCGGCUUGACGACCUCCGGGACUAUUGGCGCGCAGACGGCCCUGUCGCUAGAUGACUGCGUCAAAAUCGUCCAGGAGAUUAGGGAUGCUGUGGUCAAGGUCAAUCCGGAGGUCAUUGUGCUAUGUCAUGGCGGGCCGCUGGCGGGACCGGAGGAUGCGCAGUAUGUGUUGUCUCGUACGAAGGGCGUGCAUGGCUUCUUUGGGGCGAGUAGUAUGGAACGAUUGCCGGUGGAGUUGGCGUUGCAGGAGAAUGCGAGGCGGUUCAAGGAAAUCAAGGUGUAA